GCUGACGUCCUCGAAAAUGAAAUCAGCUUGUUACGGCGGGGCAGUCAGUGGGUAAAUUGUGGGGAAGGUACAAAAUCAUCGAAUCAAGAAAGAAUACUAGCAACUGUUGUAUUAGGCAGCAAUUUUGACGGAAGAUAUCAACUGGCGGCAGACUAUCACUGAGGUGUCGGAUGGACGAUGAGGAGGACGAGGUGUUCCGGCCUGUCUCCCGCUGCUGGGGCGCCCCCUUCAGGGAGAUCAAGUACGAGGACCGGGGCACGCAGACGCCCAGCCCCGCCCUGAGGCUGCGGGAUGGCAUGCUGCCCUGCGGCGUGUUUGAGGAGCCGCGGAGACUGUUCUAUGGUAACGCAGGCUUCCGACUGCACUUCCCGGCGCUCUUCGAGCGCGUCGGGGAGAGGGAGCGGAACUGGACCCGGGAGCGGCAGCAGGAGCAGCGCCCGGAGCAGCCAGGGCUGAGCUCGGAGGUCCGGAUUGGCCGGAACCUCCAGCUGAUCGGAGACCAGUUCCACCAAGAACGCGUUCAGCUGUACCACAGAACCCAAAGGAACCAGCAGCCCACUUGGUGGCGCGCAGUGAUGACCGUGUGCUCUCUGCUGUUCGGCAGAGGGGGCGUCGCCGAUCGAGGGAGAGGCGUGCUUAGGUGAGGAGGCCCCGCCCCCUCUCUGGCCCCUCCCCCAGAUAAGGGACCGGACUUCAGCUGGCACUGUGAGAUUGGACACGAGUCGGGAUUCGAAAACUAAACAAACACGGAGGCGGUCCCCGCGGGACGGAGACUUUUUUUCUUUUUUUCCUUCCUCUUUUUAUUUUUAUUUUUUUUGCGCAUUCGAAGAAGCCAUGUCGAGAUUUCUGUUUAUUUGGACACGUGUAAGAUAAUAUUUUGUACUUUGAUUAUUUUUUUUUUGUCUUCUGGAAACACGAAAGAUAUUAAUUCAUGCUGAGAUUGCCUUAUUAUCAGGAGGAAGUGAGUGGCGGGGGACGCGGAGUGGAGAGGAGUUGAGUUGCGACGCUGUGGGGCUCUGUCCAGAACAUCCUCAGGUGCACAGUGACUUCAACAACUGACACUUUUCCAAAGAGCCACUGUUUGUGAACAAAUCAUCGAACCCUUCAACCUCUAUCAUUCCUGUCAGGUUUCUUUUACCUACCAUUCCUGUCAGGUUUGUUUUAUUUGAUAAUAUUCCAUGCUGUCAGAAGAGAUCCAUUUUUAUUGUAUUUACAGAAAGAAAAAUUCUUUUAGCUAUUUAUAGAGAUAUUUAACCGCCUCCUGUUUUUAUAAGUGUCAUGUCUGCCUGCGGGUUUUAAUGAUCCGGUUAUGUGAAGUAAUUUUUGUACAUACUUAAAAAAAAAUAUUCUGGAAAUAUUUCUACUGAUUUUAAGAAACAUGUGCUUUUAUCAGAUAAUUGUGUAUUUGUGUAGACCGCUCAUUAAAGUCUCUCGAUAGAGAAAUGCAAAAGACAGUUACUUUGUUAAAUUGCUCUGUGGGGGGGGGGGAAAAAUCAGUUUUUGAGACAUUAUUGGCUUCAGGUGAUGGCAUCGGUGAACAUUAACAACAUUUCAGGACGGUCACUCAGGCUCCAUAAAUAACCCUUGAACAGCAGAACCACGCUAAUUUCUUAGCCUCACCAGCUGUGAACCAGGGCCUCAAACUGUGAUCAUAUAUGCGUAAAGGCCACGCAGGCAAAAUCAGUAGUUGUUUCCCAUGCCCAAUCAGCAUGCAGUAGAGGGCUUGUUCUAUAAAAGGAUGAGCCUGUCCGUGUAUAACGAGCCGGGCUCCUCCCUGUGGCCUAUGCAUAAUUAUCUCAGUUAGGGGCGUGGUCAUCACCGGGCGUGUUGCACGGCCAAGCUGAAUGAGCUGUGCCGGACACGUUUACUGGUACGUAAGGAUAAUUAGCGUUCUGCAGUACUGUUUGCACUAUUUAUCGCCGAUUUUACGGAUAGACUCUUCACCAAGUAAACAAGUCUUCACAAUCAGUUGACCGGAGAGGUAAACGGAAAGGAAAAUCAGUGGGUGGGGAAAAAAAGUCAUUUCACAUUGCUCAAGACAAUCGUCUGCCUGCCUGGUGACACAGGAUUGCAACGCUGUUCGAGAACCGAUGGUCGUGUAACUUUUAAAAUUGCUUCGUUUGAUAAUAUGUAUCCUUCAGUUCUGCUUUUCAGUUUUUGGUUGCUACAGGACAGGAAGGGAUCGGAAGACAGUGUUGCUGGGGAUGCUAAAAAGCAAUUUGGCAAAGAAAAAGAAAUGUAAAAAAAAAAAAAAAAAAUAUUUAGCCUGUGAAGUUAUUCAGUACGAGAUUGGUUUCCUCCAAAUCAUAAAUUCUGUACCAGUCGAGGUAGCCUUCGGUCCCUCGCUCUGAUUCCGUAUCCUGCUGUGUUCAUCGUCCAGAGCUCCCAGCAUCAGUUCUCCUAUUCUGUAUUCUGUACAUAUACAUUUUAUUGGCUCAUUUUAUUUUAUUGCUCAAUUAAAAAAAAAAAAAAAAAUGUUACUGUACAUGUUGAGCAUUAUUGUACGUGUUCCCAUGUGCACAGUGAAGCGCGUUCUCCUUGCCUGUGUAAUACAACUUGGGGAUUGCCACUCUUUGUGCAAGAAAGAAAACAAGAGCAUCACGUGUACUUGUAAAUUGCCUUAACAUGUUUGUAAAGAAAGACUCAAUGGGAGCUACUCGGUGGCUGGAAUGAGUGUAGCAAAGUCAUUGCCACCUGCUGAUUUUGCGUUUGCUUGACCUCAUUCCCCACUUAACAAAAUGAAGUUGUGUAGAAACCCAAAACUCAAGGGUUCAUUAUUGACAGACACUGGAAAGGAAGUUUAUCUGUAUAUUCUGUAUGUGUCAUUGAAUUUUCAUGUAAUUUUUGAGUAGGCUACUCGGGGUUGUUAUCUCUGGUCUGCUGGAUUUAUACAAGCCAACAUGGUGCCCAGUGUUAUUGGUUUUUAAAGGUUGUCUGGAAGUUGAGCCUAUUGGCUAUUGAGCCAAUUCGAUUCCUUUGAGUGGAAAGUUUUUUUUUAAAUGUGCAAGCCAUCAGUGUCUUGAAAUUGAAUCCAGUUUUAUUCCUUUUUUAUUUCAGAGGCAAAGUUUUCUAUUGAAUCUGUUGUAAUGAAAUAAGCGAACCUGUCAGUCUCACAGUGAAAGCAGAAAAAAAAAACUGCUGUCAUGUCAUGCUGACCUUUUUUUUUUGUAAAUUAAAAAAAAAAAAAAGUUUUUACAAAAAUGAGGACUUUUGUAAAGAUGCAGCUUUUGAUCUUUAAAUCCUUUCUUAUUGUGGCAGUUCACCUCCCAACCCUCGGGUGUUUUUAUAUGGGAUGAAAAUGAAACGCUGACAUUCCGCAAUCCAUUAUUUUAGGGGUUUAAAUGCAGUGAAGCUAUAUGAAAAGCAGAGCGCAUUUCUUUUUAAAAUUUGGAGCUUAAAACCCAGUAAAUUUCAUCUGAUUUAUGCACUGUCCGAGGAACUGAGAGACCGAUCAAGGGAGAACAGUCUUUGUUACUUUGAACUUUAAGAAAAAGGCUUAACGAUGACUAGUUCUCUUUAUCUCAAAAAAGUGAAAAUGUGAAACCUUGACUAUGUUUUUGAGACCAUUCUCCACAUAUGAAUUGUCUGGGGGGAGUACAGGUGAUCUUGUUUUAUAGUGCAAUAUGCUGUACAAAAGAGCUUGCCUCAACACACUUGUAAUUUCUAAUUUUCAUUGUUGAAUUGGUACUUUUUUAAAUUAAAGAACAACUUUAUGAAG